AUGAUAACAAUUAUAUCCAAAGACAAUGUGAAGAUUAGCAUUUCCAAAUAAAUCAUUGAACUAGCAAAAGGAUUAGAGCCAUAUUUAAUUGACUAAGAUAUAGUGUUUGAAGAUAUUGUGACUGGAGAUUUUUUAUAAGCAUUCAAAUUGUUUUAUGAGGAAUUCUAAUUCGAUAUUGAAAAAAUGAAAUUCCCCAAGCCCAUGUAAUUGAAAGAAAAUGAAAAAGUUUUUGGCAAGGCCUUAUUGGAUCAUUUUAAACCCUUUUUGGAUAUUGCAAUCAGAGAUAAAAAAAUUGACAUAUUUAUUCAAUUUAUACAAGGAGCUCAUUUAUUCUAAGCGAAACAUUUUAUCGAAUUUAUUAAUUGCUGUUUAGCUAUGAUUAUAUAGUUCAAGGGACAAUCCGAAUAUGAUAUUAAAUAAUUUCAAAAGGAUUGGAAUCUGUCUGAUUCAUAACAAGAAUCCUCUUUUAAUUAGUAAAAUUUCAUAUUAUUUAGAAUAUUUUUUUAGAAACUAUAGAAUAAAUACAUUCAAGCAUUAUCUACAAAAGAUGGGGAAUAAUAGAUACAACAAGUAGCGAUGGAAGAAGACUUAUUUAGUGAUGAAUGGUGA